GAAGAGCGCGUGAAUGGCCGAUGUAUUUGGCAUGGGGCACUUAGCCUAACUAUAAACUCAAAAUAAGACAUUUUAAUCAUAUCGAUCGUGGUGAAAAUGACAGAAGUGAAGCUGAAGGAGGAACCCGAGGAGUUUAAGCCCGAGGAGGUGAACAGGAGUGUGUCCAGUGAGUUUGAAGCCAAUCAAGAAUGCAAAGGUGUCCAAAGUUCAGAAGACACCAGCUCAGAUCCUCUCCACAUUAAGAAGGAACCAGAGGAAGUGAAAAUCAAACAGGAACCACUCCAAGAUUUUAUCCGUGUUUGUAUAAAGAGUGAGGAUGAGGAGGGGGUAGAGGAGGAGACGCUGAAAGACGAGAAUGGAGAGGACACUGAUGGAGCAGAACCAGGAUUGGAGGAACACCCAGAAUCCGAGAGACUAAAAUGUCAAGUUUGUGAUAAAAGUUUCGAGAAAAAACGAAAUCUAAGAAACCACAUGAAAGUCCACACAGGAGUGAAGCCAUACAGCUGUUCAGUUUGCGGAAAGGAUUUUGCGUAUUUACUCACGUUUAAAGCCCACAUGAGGAUUCAUACGGGAGAAAAACCUUUCAAAUGCUCAUUUUGUACGAUGGAGUUUGCUACAGACUAUUUACUCAAAGUACACACAAGAGCACACACGGGGGAAGAACCAUUCCGGUGUUCAGUCUGUGCGAAGGAAUACACAACUGACAAUCUGCUCAAAAUCCACAUGAGGACACAUACAGGAGAGAGGCCGUACGGUUGUUCAUUCUGUUCUAAAAGUUUCAUGUUAAAUAGCAGUUUAAGAAAUCAUAUGAGAAUCCACACAGGGGAAAGGCCUUUCAGGUGUUCAGUUUGUGAGAAAGACUUCACGGAGAAGGGUCAUCUAAUCGCACAUAUGAGGACCCAUACAGGAGAGAGACCGUUCAAAUGCUCUACUUGUGAUAAAGGUUUUACAGUCGUUGGCGCGUUAAGACAACACAUGCGGAUUCACAGCGGAGACAAGCCUUAUAAAUGUUCAAAAUGCGCGAAGGAGUUUAAUGUGCAGUGUUCCUUAAAAAGACACAUGAGGACUCACGAAGAAGCGCAGAGUCGUGCAGAGGAGAGGUUGUACGCCUGUCCAUUCUGUGCCAAGAGUUACACCGAGAGCAGUAAUCUAAAGAUCCACAUGAGGAUUCACACGGGAGAGAGACCAUUCAGGUGUUCAGUUUGUAACAGUGAUUUUCCACAGAAGAGUUCACUAAAGAGACACAUGACGAUCCACACGGGAGAGAGACCUUUUCCGUGUCCGGCCUGUGGGAAGGAGUUUAGAGUAAAAGGGGAUCUGCAGGUUCAUAUGAAGAGGAUACACAAAUCACAGAAACAAACUAAAAAGAAAAAGGCUUAAUUUUUUAUACAUUAUAUUUACUGUAUUUUGAAAUAAUAGGUAAAUUAUUUUUUUCAGUUUUGAUUAACUGAAUAUUAAUGCAAAUAUUGACUAAUUUUGAUAGAACUGUUAUAUUUGUUCCUUGGACAUCAAGUUCGUAGUGGAUGGUGUGUGCUGUAGCAAAGGAAUAAACAUGAUUU